ACUACGGCUGCCCGUACGUGAACAUGGCGAAUUUACGGAGUGUCAAGGGCAUGGUGGGCCUGGUGACGGGCGGUGCGUCUGGGCUGGGCAGGGCCACGGUUGAACGCCUUGUGCAGAAUGGAGCAUCUGCUGUCAUCCUUGACCUCCCCUCCUCUGAUGGGCAAGCCCUCGCAAAUAGCCUUGGAGACCGCUGCGCCUUCGCACCCGCAGAUGUGACAUCAGAGACAGAUGUCCGAUCAGCAGUUUCUUUGGCCAGAGAGAAAUUUGGGAAGCUGGACCUGGCAGUAAACUGUGCUGGGAUUGCUGUAGCUAUUAAGACCUACAACUUUAAGAAGGACCUCCCUCAUAACCUAGAGGACUUCCAACGUGUUAUCACUGUAAAUAUUGGCGGAACAUUUAAUGUAAUUCGUCUAGCCGUCGGGGAGAUGGCAAAGAAUGAGCCUGAUGCAGAUGGACACAGAGGCUGCAUCAUCAACACAGCCAGCGUGGCAGCCUUUGAUGGACAGGUGGGCCAAGCUGCUUAUUCGGCUUCCAAAGGUGGCAUUGUUGGAAUGACCCUACCCAUCGCUAGAGAUCUGGCACCUAUGGGUAUCAGAGUGGUCACCAUAGCACCCGGCCUGUUCUCCACUCCACUCUUGGCGGGUCUCCCAGAAAAGGUGCGUUCUUUCCUUGCUCGCCAGGUGCCUUUCCCCUCACGACUGGGUGACCCUGCAGAGUUCGCCCACCUGGUGACAUCACUGGCCGAGAACCCCAUGAUCAAUGGGGAAGUCAUCAGACUGGAUGGAGCAAUCCGCAUGCAGCCCUGAGAGAAAAACUUGAUGGCAUGUUGGCCUCAACUCAUGGAAAAUGAGGUGGAUUAUCAUCUUCAGCCACUAAUUGAGAGAAAAAAGUGUUGGAGUGUAUGUGUGUGUCUACCUGUGUAUGUAUGGAACUAAAGCUAAAUAAAGAAUACAGUACACAUGAAUAA